UGGCGGAGCCGCCGAGGCAGCCGGACGCGGGCGGUCCGUUCCUCCGUCCGUCCGUCUGGCCUUCUUUCCCUUCCCUCCGUCCGUCCCCUCCUCCUCCUCCUUCCCCUCAGCCGCCGGGGGCCGCCGCUGGAGCCCAGCCAGCUGGGAAGGACCGGCUUUGCCGCCCCGGGCCCGCCUGCCCGCCCCAUCCGGGGCUCCCCGCCAUGGCAAUGACGGGCCCGACUCCCUGCUCGUCCAUGAGUAACCACACGAAGGAGCGCGUCACUAUGACAAAAGUGACGUUAGAGAAUUUCUACAGCAACCUUAUUGCCCAGCACGAAGAACGGGAAAUGAGGCAAAAGAAACUGGAAAAAGUGAUGGAAGAAGAAGGCUUAAAGGAUGAAGAGAAGCGACUCCGGAGAUCUGCACACGCCCGCAAGGAAACUGAGUUUCUUCGUUUAAAGAGAACGAGGCUGGGCCUGGAAGAUUUUGAAUCUCUAAAAGUAAUAGGCAGAGGAGCCUUUGGAGAGGUGCGGCUCGUUCAGAAGAAAGAUACGGGGCACGUGUACGCGAUGAAAAUUCUACGCAAAGCAGACAUGCUUGAAAAAGAGCAGGUCGGCCACAUUCGUGCGGAGCGGGACAUUCUAGUGGAGGCAGACAGUUUGUGGGUUGUGAAAAUGUUCUAUAGUUUUCAGGAUAAGCUAAACCUCUACCUAAUCAUGGAGUUCCUGCCCGGAGGUGACAUGAUGACUUUAUUGAUGAAGAAAGACACCCUGACAGAAGAGGAGACUCAGUUUUAUAUAGCGGAGACGGUGUUAGCUAUCGACUCGAUUCAUCAACUCGGGUUUAUCCACCGAGACAUCAAGCCAGAUAACCUGCUCUUGGAUAGCAAGGGCCACGUGAAGCUUUCCGACUUCGGCCUCUGCACGGGCCUGAAGAAGGCGCAUAGGACUGAAUUUUAUAGGAACCUAAACCACAGCCUCCCCAGUGACUUCACUUUCCAGAACAUGAAUUCCAAAAGGAAAGCGGAGACGUGGAAAAGAAACCGACGCCAGCUAGCCUUCUCCACGGUCGGCACCCCAGACUACAUCGCCCCCGAGGUCUUCAUGCAGACGGGCUACAACAAGCUGUGCGACUGGUGGUCCCUCGGGGUCAUCAUGUACGAGAUGCUCAUCGGUUACCCACCCUUCUGCUCUGAGACCCCCCAAGAGACCUACAAGAAAGUGAUGAACUGGAAGGAGACUCUGACCUUCCCUCCGGAGGUGCCCAUCUCGGAAAAAGCCAAGGACCUAAUUCUGAGGUUCUGCUGUGAGUGGGAACACCGGAUCGGAGCCCCCGGAGUAGAGGAGAUCAAGAGUAACCUUUUCUUCGAAGGCGUCGACUGGGAGCAUAUCAGAGAGCGACCCGCCGCCAUAUCCAUCGAGAUCAAGAGCAUCGACGACACCUCCAACUUUGAUGAAUUUCCAGAAUCUGAUAUCCUCAAGCCGACAGUGGCCACCAGCAACCACCCGGAGACGGACUACAAAAACAAAGACUGGGUCUUCAUCAACUACACGUACAAGCGCUUCGAGGGGCUUACCGCCCGGGGGGCCAUCCCGACUUACAUGAAGGCAGGAAAGUAGCCUGAGCCUGGGGUUUGUGCCCCCCACCCCCCGUACCCCCCGUGCGUCUCCCCCGAGUGGCGGAGCUCCACCCUGGCUAUGGAUUCGAGCCUCCCCCCGUCCUCCCCAUCCCAGGCCCCCUCACGUGGGCCGGGGGCUCCUAACGGGUUCUGCGGGGCCCAGGAUCCGGACCCGGGCGCAGACCUCGAGCAGCGCGAUACUGAAACGGACCUUUCGGGACGUCGCGUCGGAACACCUUCCGCCGCCGUGGGCAGCCGGGGAGACCGCUUGAGGUCCUCGGCAAGCGUGGCGGGUGCCUGUCCCCCACGUACCAAAACCCUCCCUUUUCCGAAGCCCACCUGCGGCGUCUGAGGGAAGGAGGGACCCGGCGGGUGUCCCCGGACGGGCGGCCUGUCUGGCCUGGCCCCCGAGGGGAUGAAGCAAUAACGGAAGCUUGAGGCUCCUGCUCUCCCGCCUCCUCUUCCCUCCGCCCUGCGUCUCGCUGGCCUCCCGAGGAGGCUUUUCCCGGCUCCCCUCAUCCUUCCAUCCCCCCCGCUCCCGGCGUGCACUUUACUGAAGGUACUAGGGACGGGCCCCUCAGACCCCUUUCCUUCUCCUUCGCUUCCCGAACGAAGCCGCUCUGGCGGUUCGACUUCGUAGGCGUGAGCGGGGCCCCCCAGCAGCCACCUCGAAGAAACGAGGUCGCGCUGUGCCGUGGGGAGGUGUGCCCUGGGGUGGGGGUCACGCUACCCAUAUCAGCGCUGCCUGCCGGAGACCCAGAGCUCCCCUGGGAUGGGAGUUGGGCCUGGCAGGCAGCGAACUGGCCCGGGGCAGUGCCCCCUCCACCCCCCACCCGGGUCCUUGGGGGGACACUGGACCCCCUGACCCCCAGGGUCUGGAGAGGACUGUAGCUUCCGUCGCCUCUCGGCCGCCCGUUGGCCUCUAUUCGAGGGAAGGGGAGGAAGCCAGGGCUACCCCACGGGGCUCUUACACGCCUUCCCGCCUCGCCUCUUCGAUAGAAAUUGUGCUUCUUUUCUGACGCCUCCCCGGGGCCAGCCUCCGUUGUGGCGGGAUUCUCCGAGACGCCGGGGCCGCGGGCCCCGGCCCCAUGCAACCCGGGGUGUGCGCCAACGUGGUGUUCCUUUGUAUCGGGGAGGGGGGCUGCUCUCCAUGAGAGCAGCCCAGCUCAGCACCAAGUGCCUUCUGGCCCCGGCCCCCGGCCACCACUGUCACCUCCGGAGCGGCCUCGCGGGGACGGAGCGGCCCGGGGUUCUCCGAACCCGCGUUGACGCGUCGUCUUCAUUUUUUUUUUAAAAGGAAACUUUUGAUAAUUCUUAAGCAUUAUUUGCACCUAGUUCGUAACUCUUGCCGUGCAGAUGGGGCUAAUGGGCCUCACUGUGCUGGAGACUUUUGAAAAUCGGUGAUCUCUUUUUCCGGGGGGAGGGAGGGCGGUUUUUGUUCUUUUGGGUUUUUUUUAAGGAAAGAAACAGCCUAUCAGCCUAACCAGCGCAAAGAGGAAAAGGCCUGGGAGGGUUGGAAGGUGGAAGUCAGGAGGAAGGGCAGGUGCACCUGCUUGGCUUUAAUGCCCAUUUUUGGACAAAGUACUAAGCGCUCGGGGGUCGUUGCACCUCUGACGGGGAGCAGGCGCCGGUCACCGGGCCAUCCGGGCCGGGGGCGAGGGCGGUGGCGGGGACCCCUCAGGGACUCCCCCCCUCCGAUGGCCCUCCCGGGAGCGAUGUCGUGGAGUUGAAAAAGGCUGUCCCCCAAGAGGACAGAGGGAGCCUGGGAGGGGGCGACUGGUGCUGAGGAAGAGGAUGUUAGGUUGGUUAGGAUUUCGGCAUCAAUGAUGUGGAAAGGGCAGUGACGGGGGCUGGGCUGGGUACCUGGGGCUCUGAGCGAGCUCUUCUGGCCGGCCAUCCCUCCGCGAGGGGGCACGGGGCCAGCCACUUGUGGAGGUCGCCCCGCCGGCUAGCUCCGGAGACGACCCGGGCCGUCCCCGGCCACGGGUUGGGGGUCGGGGGACUGUGCAGUGACCAGCUUCUCCGGCCCCGAACAGAACAGCUCCCCGGAGCCCCCUCCUCCCCUUGCCGGGGCCUCUGGUCCGGGACUCGCGCUCGUCCCGUGCCUCCAGCCUGUAGCCCUCCUUCCUUCCCCAUGGCCCCUGGGCCGGCAGAAGGGCGAGAUCCGGGGGAGGCGCCCCAGGGUCAUUGCUGGUUUUGUGAAGACCCGGGCCGCGGCUAGAGCAGUCUCGGACGGAGCCAGUGUGGGUGGUGGGAGAGGGUGGUGUGGUUUUUUUCAAAUAGCACAAUAAAAGCCCCUUUGCCUCUGG